UAUAUUUUCUAUAUUUCUUUUUUUUCCACUGUUUCGUAUAUGAUGUAAAAAUACGGCAACGUAUCUUUUGUACAUUGUUUUUCUACUCUGAAGAUCUUACACCGAUCGUGAUCUCUCUCGGCUUUUCCAGAGAAUCACAUACUUACAUUUCUUUGCAAAAACUUCGACGUCUUCUCAAGAUCCAGAUGACACAAUGGUGUCUCUGAAUGAUAUACGACCGCUGUUGUACACCGCCAGAUUGUUCGGGGUCGGAUUUUACUCCGUCAGUGAAGAAGACAUCACCAUGAUGAAAUACAGCAUCGUUUAUUCGGUUCUGUUCGCGUUGCUUUACGCGGGUCUCUGCUUAUACAGUUUUUACAUGCUUCGGAUGGACAAUAUGCUCGAGCCGAGAUUGCUCACGCUCACCGUGGUGAGAACGGUCCUCUCGUACGCCUGUGUUCUAAGUGACAUUAUCAUGAAGGUGUGGUGCAACUGGAAAAUACAAACCGCGAUGUCGCACUUACGCGUCUUCGAUCGAGCGACGCGAUACGAAAAAGAGACGAAAACCGUUUACCGAGUGUCUUACAUUUGCGGGGCUCUGACUUUUGUUACUUUGUUGUAUUGGUCAAUAGUUGGAUACAUAACGUUUCGUGUCGAGCCUGAAGACGCUGUGUUCAAUGCUGUAACUUACGCCUACGUUAAUUCGACGAUAUCGAUGCAGCUAUUGAUGUUCGCGAGUUUUUCAUUCCUCCUGUACGAGAGAUUUCGUCGUCUUUGUGAUAUAUUGCUGUUACCCAAAGAUGGAAAAAUCAUGACGGUAAUAGAUCGGUCAAGCAGACACUUUCGCUUACAAGAGGUGUGGUGGUUGCACUCGUGUCUCGCCAACGCGACCGAGAUGAUAAAUUCCGUGUACGGGGUGCAGCUUCUGCUCUGGCUCUCUUGUAUGUCCUUCAAUACUCUAACGCGUCUCUACACGAUCAACGAAGGCGAGACGAUUUCAUUUCCUCUGUUAAUGCUGAGGGAGGUGUUACUAGUAUCCGCUUGCGUGACAAAUUUGCUCAUCAUUACCAUCACCUGUCACGCGACCGCGGCUCAGGCUAAUCGCGUCGGUAUGAUCGCCUUCAUGCCGUCAUCGGCCAUACUCGCGAAACGAAAUUUCAUACAGGAUUGCAGCGUGGAAGCUGUGACGUACUUUCACCUACGGCAAGUGCACUUUUUUGCUCUCUUCGGAAUCAUACGCAUCGAUCUUCCGUUGCUUCUCACGGUAAGGCUCGAGAAAAAUAUUUUGGCCGCGUGUGGAACAUUUUCGGGAAUAACUCUGACGAUUCGUUAUUUUUUUUUGCAGAUAGCCUCUGGCAUAACUACGUAUCUGGUCAUUCUUCACACAGCCAACAUCUGAUGAAUGAUUGCCGGGAUAACGCCGGGAUCAAGAGAAUGCUCAAUAAAUCUUUAUACGCGCACAAAAACCACAUGUGUUGUAUGUAUAUAAAUUAAAUGUGUGAGAUCAAUCGUAAAUCAUAUAUUAAC